AUGCAGUGGAAACGGGAGUUUCCGAAACGACGGAUUCCCCUCUGUGCCAAAUUUCGCUCGAGGAAAAUAGAUGAAAGCGAAAAGCAACGACCAAAGUCCGUUUCGCAACGUGAUGAGGAAGUAAUUCUGCGGACGGAUUCAAAUGCGCCGAGUCCGAAGAACGCGAGGAUGAGCCAAGGCAGGAUUGGUGCAGCAGCGACAUCUACGUUGCACCGCCUGGGAACUUUGAUUCGUUCCGCCAAGAACAAGGCGUCGGUGUCGUCAGCAACAGCAGCAAUCAGCAGGAAACCGUCGCUGGCUGACGAUGAGCGCGUCGACAUUGUUGACACAGAUGACGUUUACAUCACUCAGACGAAGAAGACAGGCGACGAUGGGACAAAGUGGACCAGUCUUGGGGCCAGGUUCAGGUCAUGUCGAGGACCCGCUACGAUCCGGCGAUUGUUACGAAGAGCUGAAUCGUCAGCAACUACAGCUAGUCGAGCUGGUCAACGUCGACGUCGACAUCAGCAGCAGCAACAAAGUGUCGAAGACGCAACCCGUAACGACACCUUCGACGAUUUUCUGCAUCGACAUGAACCAGCAUCGACGUCGUCGGCAGUCGACGGGUUCCUGAGCAUCAAGAAGAAGGGGAAACCCAGCAAAAAUAACUGUGACGACGUCGUCGGUGUCGGUGGGAACCAAAAAAGUCAAUUUCACACGACGACGACGACGAUGACGAGGGGAAUGAGAAGAGCAAUGGAAAUGCAACUUGAAGUGUUCUGA